AGAGCCUCAAUUAAGCUUUUCUUGCUAGAGGUGGAGUCCUACCUCACGGUUCCUUCCUUUGCUUAUCACCAUAAGCUAUUUGUCCAAAAUGGUCAAGAAAGUAGCCGUAUUGACUAUCUCCGAUUCGGCGGCACAAGAUCCAUCAAUUGACAAAUCAGGACCAAUCCUUGCCAGGUUACUGCAAGAGCAAGGUCAAGGAUCUUUCGAUGUCAUUGCACAAGAAGUAGUAGCAGAUGACGUUGAGCUAAUCCAACACAAGAUCCGAUCUUGGAUAGAUGGCAACGAAUCAGCAGCAGACCUUGUGAUCAGUACAGGAGGGACUGGAUUAGGCGUUAGAGAUGUGACACCAGAAGCUAUCCUGCCCUUACUUGAUCAUCAAACGACAGGGCUUACACAUGCUUUGAUGCAGCAUUCAUUGAGCAAGACGCCUUUAGCUGCACUCUCACGUCUUGUCACAGGCGUUCGUUAUCGUCGCUCCAAUUCCUCAACAACCGAACAAGCAAGUGGAAAAGCGAACGGAAGUGCUCUCAUCAUUGCCCUUCCGGGAAGUAGCAAUGCUGUCAAAGAAUGCUGUGAGAUAUUACUGAGCGAGAACGGAUUGCUUGCACAUGCGUUAGACUUAUUAUCUGGAGGAACAGGAAGGAAGAAACAUGCGGAAAUGCAGCAAUCGAUCACAGGAACAGAAACGGAUACUGGCAGAUCACAUCAUGCACAUGGGCAUUCACACAAGCAUGGUGGUCAUCAUCAUCACCAUGGCCACGGACACCACUCGGCUCCCAAACCACGUACAGUGCAAGCUGAAGAAACGACGGGCUACAAAACGCAUGAUCCAACCCAAUCGGUCAGUCUUCGGAAACGAAUGUCACCAUACCCAAUCAUCAGCUUAUCGGAAGCGUUUGACUUGAUACUGUCCAACGUGCCUUCUAAUGGGUCGAUAAAGCUACCCACUACCUCGGAUCUGCGUGGGUAUCUGUUAGCCGAAUCGAUUCUUGCACCUCGUAGUUUACCUCCUAAGCCAACGACGAAUGUGGACGGAUAUGCACUAAAAGCUGAAGACAUCACACCUGGUGCAUAUCCAGUUAUAACAAGAGGAGGAAGUGUACCAAAAAGUGCAGUCUAUCGAAUCAAUACCGGACAAGGAUUACCGGAAGGUGCAGAUGCGGUUUUGAUGGUAGAAGAUACUGAUCUUUUGGAAGAAGAUGAGCAAGGAGAAGAAAAGACAAUUCAAGUGAAAGCAAAGAUUGAUGUAGGCGAAAAUGUACGAAAAGCUGGAAGUGACGUAAAGGAAGGACAGGUUGUUCUACAGAAAGGAGUUAAAUUGAGUGAUAUUGGUGGAGAGAUUGGCACAUUGGCUUUCUUGGGUGUAAGUGAAGUCAAUGUGAUCAGAAAACCACGCAUUGCAAUUCUGUCAACGGGAAAUGAGCUGUACGAUGUAGCAACCGAUAGUGGAAAUGCAAAGGAUGCUUGGGGCUUCAGAGUCUUUGACGCAAAUAGGCCAAGUUUGACAGCAGCUUUACGUGCAGCAGGAUUCGAAGUUGUAGAUUUGGGUAUUGUGGGUGACAGUGUAGAUGCAACAUUGGCAGCUUUAAAGAGAGGAUUGGAAGAAGCAGACGUUAUCAUCAGUACAGGAGGAACAUCGAUGGGCGAAAGUGAUCUAUUGAAACCUCUGAUCGAACGAAACUUGAAAGGAGGCAAGAUCCAUUUUGGCAGAGUUGCAAUGAAACCUGGCAAACCAACAACAUUUGCAAGUGCAUUGAACGAAAAAGGAGAAGAACGUUUCCUUUUCGCUUUACCUGGUAAUCCUGCUUCGGCUAUGGUUUGUUUGUAUGUCUUUGUCAUGCCUGCUUUACGUAAAUUAUCAGGAUAUGCGAUCGAACAUUGUCAUCUUGCACGUACACGCGUGCAAAUCGAAGAUGAUAUGCGACUCGAUCCACGACCUGAAUUUCAUAGGGUGGUCAUCAAGCCUAACAAGGAGGGUGGACUAUCAGCUUUCAGCACUGGAAGUCAAAGAAGCAGUGGUAUGCAUUCUAUGGCAACGGCCAAUGGACUGGUAUGUGUACCUGCUUUGGGAUCUUCAGGUGGGCCUAAUACGCUACGCAGAGGAGAAAAAGUGGAAGCGAUCAUAUUGGGCAAUAUCGUAUGAUGGCCUAGUGUCCGUAUAUAAAGGUAAUUUGAUCAUCUGAGAAUAAUCCAC